AUGGUUGGAGGACUCAGGCAUCUUGUAUUUACAAGACCUGAUAUAGCUUAUUCAGUUGGCAUAGUAAGCAGGUUCAUGGAGAGACCCAUAGUCAUGCACCUAGCUGCAGCAAAACGAAUUUUUCGUUAUGUGAAUGGAACUCUUGAUUAUGGGUUGGUUUAUUCUAAACGGGAUGGAAACUACUUGCUCUCAGGAUAUUCAAACAGCGACCUAGUUGGAAAUGUGGAUGACAAGAGGUCUACUAGAGAAUGUGGUGAAAUUAUACUCAAAGUACAUGUCAACACAAAUGAACAGAGAGCUGAUGUAUUGACCAAGGCAUUGUCAAGGGCUAAGUUUGAGGGAAUGUGUGAGCUAUUGGGUGUGAAGAACCUGCAAUCGAGUUUAGAUUAG